AUGGGUGCUGCAGCCUUGGGAGUGAGAGCAGCACCAGCAAUAGCAGCUACAUCUUCAGUUACAGUUACAUCUUCAGGGCCAGCCCAAACCAGACAAGCGGGAGGCGUAGCAAACAAACGGAGCAGGAGGCUUAAAGCCAACGCGUUCGUUCGGCUCGCAGCCAAUCGCGUGGCGCCAGCUGUCGUGCAGCUAGAGGUGGAAAGGCAUCUUCCUCGGGCAUCGCCGCAAGCAACCUUGAGAAAGGGGGAGGAGGGCAGCGGGGAGGAGGAGGCAGAGGGGCGGGGCAGUGUGGAUGGCGGGGAGGAGGAUGAGUUCAGGGAGACAGGUGGGUUCGGAUCAUAUCAAUACAGCACUACAGCAGUAUGGCUAUGA